AUCUGAAUUGUCACUGCCAACUUUUGCCGGCGUCAUGAAUCACUAGCUCCGUACUGUAAGCCGGCGACAUUAUUGCAAAGUAACUUAAUUUUUUUCUUGCAAGUUGGAAAUAAUUUUUCAGAAAAACAAACAGAAUGCUUAUCAAAGUUAAGACCUUAACCGGAAAGGAAAUUGAAAUCGACAUUGAGCCCACAGACAAAGUAGACCGUAUUAAGGAACGUGUAGAAGAGAAAGAAGGCAUUCCUCCACAACAACAGCGUUUGAUAUUUUCUGGGAAACAAAUGAAUGAUGACAAAACUGCAGCAGACUAUAAAGUUCAAGGUGGUUCUGUCCUGCAUUUAGUUUUGGCUUUGCGUGGCGGAGUUUACUAAUAUCACAGUUGUACCCAGUCUUAAGUAAAUUAUAAUGAGUCUUUUUUGUAAAAAUAAAUAGAAUUUAUUGUAAAACAAA